UUUACUUGUACCCUCUAAGACGCAUGAUGAACUGUCGACAUCUCUGAUCUAGACAUCGAAUGACGUGACGACAUCUAUCUUUUAUUCCUACGGCGCAUUCAACUAAAAGUGUCUCCUCAAGUCUUUGAUUUGUUUACCUUAGCAUUGGAGCUGCAGCAUUAUCAGAGACAAUGGCGUCCAGAUUAGAUUUUCCACUGCAAUUUCGGGACGAGAACGCUGACAAGCCAAAAAAGUCGGUCCUAAAGUCUAUCUUUCCGUCAAAAUCACGUCGAAAAUCGCAGCCUGCCUUCCUUUCACCUUCUUACUCCCUUCAAAACCAACCGCCCGUUCAAAACUGGAUCCUUCCAACAGAUCACCCUCACUUCCAGAUCAACCAUCCUCUUGGAGAGCUGUCAGAACGUACACUCAACCAAGGAACGGCAAAUGGUUCAUCCUCAAAGCAGAAUCACCCAGACGAAUCGAGCAAGAAAGGUCUUCAUAAAAAGACGAAGAGCUCGGUAUCUCUCAAAUCACUUUUAAAAGAUAAAGAUAAAAUGGAAUCUGAAGCAAAGGACCCCAGUGCUGAGAAUGGCUCAAAGCAGAAAAAGCCGAAAAAGACGAAGUCCACUACCAGUCUGUCGGGGAUUUUCAAGAGGUCACAACGAGGAAAAAAAGGCAAUUCAUGCGAGAAAGAAGACAAAGAAAACGUUACCAUGGCCAGAGGCUCUAACGAUAUGCCACCUCCACCAAUUCCUCGUUCACGAGCCCAGUCUAUCCAGAGUCAGAUAUCUAGCCGCUACGUUUCCUCCGGGAGAACUGUGGAGGAGGAAAUGUCGCUCUACACACCAAGAGGCUAUUCUCCUUCCAGUCAAAGAAACUUCUACGAUUUCCAACAACCAUCCCUUACAAAACGUCCUGAUUCUAAAUGGAGGCCGAAAUCGGAGUACGGUUCCUCGAGUACCUCGUCUGUGAAGGACAUUUUACAAUCAAUACACAGGCGAAGCCCGUCUGCGGGAAGCGUAAAGUCAAAUGCGUCUCGGACGCAUCCUUUAGCCGAACGCCCACCCUCUGAAAAACGAAAGUCAUCAAAUGGGAAUCGAGGCUCCCGGGUCAUGGCUGCAAUUGCAGCUUUUAGUGCUAAAGACAAGAAUUUUGACAAACCUAAACCAGUAGAUCCAAAAGAAAUUGACAGUGAAUUCGAACGCCUUUUGGACGCACGAAACAUACCUCAUAAUAUGCGCGACAGGAUGAGAUCCUUGAACACCAAUAUCAAGGCCGACUUUAUCAAUAAAAAUCAGAUUGAGGGCGAAUGCUCUUCUGCAUCUGCUUCCGCCCAAAGACAAUUUGUGACAACUUCGCACAAGCGAACCAAGAGCAAAGACAGCUCGUUUGGACGCUCAGAGAAUAGGGGAACUAAAAAGCGCCCAAAGUCUGCAGACCUGUCAAUACCUUCGCGCUUACCAUCUGGGGGUUUGAACCCGGCUCUUCCCUCUCCUGAUCUCAUCGCAGACCCGACCGAUUUCGUUCAUUAUCUGAAAGAGGUGCAGAAACCGGAGAUUGUUGAAGUUAGUAAGCUUCACAAGCUCCGUAUACUUCUGCGAAAUGAAACCAUAUCUUGGGUGGAGUCAUUCAUUUCUCAUGGAGGAAUGGAGCAGCUGGUCGACCUUUUGUAUAGAAUACUGAAGGUUGAAUGGAGGGAGGAGCAUGAAGAUGUAUUACUGCACGAAGUCCUUCUUUGUAUCAAAGCGUUGUGCACGACAUCUCCAGCCCUUCAUCAACUUUGCAAGAUAGGAGAUGACCUAUUCCCCACAUUAUUGCGGAUGCUCUUUGGAGAGGAGAAAAAGGGUCCCAGUGAAUUUGCAACCCGGAACAUAAUAAUCAGCUUGUUAUUCUCCCACCUGUCAUCUGCAACAUUUGAAGAAGUGGCUACUCGUGCUAGAACUAUCCUGUCCUACAUGCACGACCCAAAGCCACCCAAGGAGUCAGCGCCAUUACCCUUCAUCGCCGAGAUGCACCAGGCGCGUCCGUACCAGCUGUGGUGCAAGGAAAUGAGUAACGUGACAAAAGAGGUGUUUUGGAUAUUCCUUCACCAUUUCAAUGUGGUACCUGUGGCAAAAGCAGAAGAUUCUUCGCUACCUUUUAUCCAACGAUAUUUUCCUCCCCCUCAUACACCCGUCCCCGCAGCUCCCUAUAUUGGUGGGGUUGAAUGGGACGCUACAAACUAUCUUGCCACCCACCUGGAUCUUAUUAACGGUCUUUUAGCAUCGUUGCCAACAAUUGAGGAACGGAACGAGCUGCGAACUCAUCUUCGCGCGUCCGGCCUAGAGAAAGUUAUGGGCCGAAGCCUUCGUACUUGUAAGGAAAAGCUGUAUCCGGCCGUCCAUGAAGCACUUAAAGUCUGGGUAUCCGCCGCUGCCGACGAUGAGUGGGACUAUCAGUUUGUACGUGAGGGUCCUCCACGAGACGCACCGCCGUCCACUCCGCGAAGCCCUAUCAAAGGUUGCGGCAGUCCCAAGAAGCUGGGCAUUGUGGGUGACGCACCACCAAAGAUUGACUUCCAUGUUGGAAUCUCCGGGAAUAGCAAUGCUAGAAACGAGCAAAACCGUUCUCAGGGGCUUGUUAAUGAUGGAUGGAUUUGAAUA